CUCAGUCGAUCGAGUGACGCGGCCGCGGAUGGUCGCGGUCGUUGGUCCUUCCUCCAGGAACACGCGACGAACGUGAUCGCGACGAUAAUAAACGAACGUGCGAGAACCGCGAAAUUGAAAAAAAAACAGACAGAGAAAAGGAGAAACGGAGAAACAUCGCGGACAUAUUCGGCCCGGCGAGGUUCAGCUUCGGCGAAGUUGGACGCAGUUUUUUCGGCCGCGUUCCAUUUUCCGUUUGUGACUGGCGAAACUGGGUUGAUCGACCGGCCCGCUGCGACGAACCCUUUCCCUUUCGACUGGUAAAGGGUCUGGACUCGAUCCCGACUUCGCGGGAACUUGCGGGAUGAUCGAGACUCGGGGGUGAAGCAGCGACGCCUCCGGCCGCCCUCGUCUUCCACCGGUAGGCCGAGCCCUUGGAAAACCCGUGGAACCCGGAAAGGAGGGAAUCUCACCGGAAGAAAAAGAGAGAGAGAGAGAGAGAGAGAGAGCGAGAGGGAGCCAAUUUCCGAUAGGAUGACCGCGCGGUGCUCAAAGGCGCCGCGUCCCGUGCCGAUCGAGGGGGAUCGUGAUUUAUUGGCUGCCGGGUCUCGGCUGGCCGGCCGAUAAUUCGAUUCGCGGGACGACGUUAAUCAUGGCCUGGAGCGGACGUCCGCGAGCCGCGCGUCUAACGAGCGCGAUCACCGCCGGUCAACAGCAGCAGCAGGCUAUCGAGCGAAAGGAGACCGCGUAGAUGUCGAAAACGAGCCCGACAGUGAUCCACCGGCAACGAGGCGCGACGCUCGCGAUGAUCGAGCCUCGAUCCUGACUGAACGAACGAAGUGCCUGCGAUCGGCGACCGGCGAACGGCCGACGCGUGCUCGAACAACGAGGGACCACCCGAAACACGUACAUCGAAAUGAAGCUGGGCGAUAACAUGACUAUGGAAGCGUACAACAUAUGGGGAGACGUUCCGCCGCGAAAAUGUCGGCCACCGAAGAUCGGCGAUAUACCAAAGCACACGGCGGUGGACGAGGGGUCGCCGGGGUCGGUGUCGAGAACUCUGCCGGCUCCUCAGGACCCGAGGGACCCUCUGGACGCGUCGCUGGACGCCCCGAGGAACAUCGUUUUCCCAUUAGACUCCGGCGAGCGCUUCUCCGGCAUCCGCAGGUUCGAUCUGCGAAGGCCGGACGCCGCUUUCCAAUACUCGGAGAAAGCCGUGGGACCUUUGACCUUCGAGGUCCGCGACUCGUCGGCUGAUCCCGCGAUCUCCAAAAAACUCGCGCGGGACUCGCCCGACAGCUUGAAGCCGAAGCUCCGAGCCUCGGAGCGAUCGAGCGACGCCGACGGCAAGGUGACCAUCAAGCUCCCCCGCGAGGGGUCUAAGGCCGGGACGAGGGACCAAGGGGAUUCUUCAGGGUCCUCUUCGAGCCCCGAGGACGCGACCGACCGCGAGAUCGUCGAGGUCCGCAAGGACAGCGCCCUGUUCCUCGAGGAGCCCGAAGGCCUGCCGACGCUCCGCGAGAUCCUCAAGUCGAGGGGCCCCAGGGUGAUCAGGCCCAGGCGGGAGAGCAGCGGGUACGCCAGCAACCUGGGCACCUUCGACGAGGAGCGGCGCAGCUCGACGGCGGACGCGCUGCAGGAUCUGUCCUUGUUCGUGAAGGAUAGGCGCAGGUCCUCCGCCGGGCCGAAGCGCUUGAACUCGAAGUUGCUGGUCGGCAGGGCCGGGGACAGCCUCACCGAGGAAGCGGACGCGCUGCUGGACAGGAUGCCGACCACGGAGCUGCACCGGAAGCUGUCCAGCGCGGGUCUAGACAUGCCGAACAUCGAGGAGGCGAAGGAGCUGAGGGACGAGCCGGCACCCAAGGACACCCCGAGCACCCUCUGCAGCCUGCUGGAGCGCGUCGGCGUCGAGGAGGCGCGAUGCCCGCCGGAACGCGGCCCGGAUCCCCGAGUGCCACCAAAAUCGGACACCGAAACCCUCCAGGCGUCAAAGGGUUGCGUCACUCCUGAAUACCGAGAUCCAUUCGUGGGCGGCAGCGUGGGAUCGAUCGAUCCCGCCACGACCUGCCCGACGAACCCGGCUCCUCAAAACCCGAUAGUCUGCCUGGAGAUUCCAUCGAGCGAUCGGGACAUGGCGGCGGGGACCGGACUGACCCGGGAUCGAACCGGGCUGAGCAUCGACAUCGAGAAGCUUCGGAUCGACGGAACGUCGCCGGCGGCCGCCAAGGACGAGGAGUCGAAGAAUCUUCCGCGAACGGUGAAGGUGUACCAGCUGCUGUCCACCCAGUCGGAAGACAGGACCGACAGAGAAUUGUACUUAGCGGACAGGAGGAUAUCCCUGCAGAUAUCGAAGCACGAUGACCCGCAGCAGUCCAUAUUGUUGACAGACGAGUCCAAGGACGACUCGUCCGCGCAGCCAGGAAGCACGCUGACCCUCAGCACCAGCGUCUCCAGUGACAUGAACACUGGUCUCUUCGCCGAUAUCACCGACGAUUCGAUAGCGAAGAAAGGGUCCGGGCCCUUGCUCGGGGAGCCAGCGACCGGACAAAGGUUCCUCGGCGACGCCGGCAUCACGGUCAGGCCCAUCUACCCUUACUGUCCUUAUUCUCCGUAUGGAAGUCCUCAAGGAUCGCCCAGGAACAGGCGGAGACCGCUCAGGGAGAGCAGAAGGGUGUCCAUCGACAACAGGCAGGGCGCUUUGCAGCUGAAUCAAUACAAGCUCUUGGACAACAUUGGCCAGGGCUCCUACGGCAUCGUGAAAUUGGCUUACAACGAGGAGGACGACACUCACUACGCGAUGAAGAUCCUCAGCAAGAAGAAGCUGAUGAAGAAGGCGGGGAUCUUCGGUAGAAUGGCGCCGGGUAGGAAGGGCGCCGCGGACCCCCUGGCGAAGGUCUACAGGGAAAUCGCGUUGCUGAAAAAAUUGGAUCACCCUAACGUCGUGAAGCUGGUCGAGGUUCUCGACGAUCCGGACGAGGACAAUCUCUAUCUUGUUUUCGAGCUGGUUCAGAGGGGCGAGAUACUUCAGAUUCCCACCGAGAAGCCCCUGGACGAGGAGACUGCCAGGAAACACUUCAGGGACGUGGUGAUGGGCGUCGAAUAUCUGCACUACCAGCGGAUAGUGCAUCGCGACAUAAAGCCUAGCAACCUGCUGGUGGACAGCGACGACCGGAUCAAGAUCGCCGAUCUGGGAGUCAGCGCGGAAUUGAGGGCGUCCGGAGAAUUAUUGUCUGGGCCAGCUGGUACACCGGCGUUCGCGGCACCCGAAACAACCACACCUGGCGCCCAUUAUUCCGGAACCUUGUGCGACGUCUGGUCGAUGGGCGUGACUCUCUACUCGUUGGUGACCGGCAGAGUGCCAUGGUACGGUUCCGGUAGCAUAAUCGGCGUGCAAGCCGCUGUCCGAACCGAGCCCCUGCGAUUCCCCGAUGAACCAAUCCUGUCGGACGACCUCCGGGAACUGAUCUCGCGGAUGCUGGAGAAGAAUCCGGCGGAGAGGGUGACGUUGUCCGCCAUCAAGGAGCACCCCUGGCUGACGAAUCGCAGCGCCGAACCACUGCCAAGCGAGGCCGACAAUUGCCGGCUUCCGGUGACCGUCACGGACGAGGAGGUGCGCGAGGGGAGCGUGGUCACCAGGAUACCAAAGCUGGACACUCUGAUCCUGAUCAAGACGAUGCUGAAGCAGCACAGCUUCCAGAACCCGUUCCUGCCGAGGAAGAGCGGCAAGACCGCCUGCUCCGACGCCGCGGUCGGCAGCCUCGAGAUCUCGUCGUCCCCCAGGACCGAGGAGCCUCUGCUCCCGAGGAAACCGGCCAGGAACGCCAAGUCGGAGAGGUUCCAGCGGACCGGAAGAAGCAAUUCUGCCCCGGACUCCUACGACUGGCAAACUAAUGGCAGAUGUCCAUCGACAGCCCUCUGCCACCGGUCACAGAAGCGUCCAGUCAGGAAUCCGAGACGGACCGACGGUGAUAUCACCGACGAUUCCGAUAUCUCGACCGGGUCGAGAGAACUAGCCAUCGAGCCGGCCGCCGAUGAAAAGGGUGCGAGAAGCUCCGAGCCGCGGUGCUCCUUUCGUCGGAGUUCCCCGAAGACCCUGACGAUUUUUCAGACCAGGAAGAGACCGAAGAGCCUCCGAAGACGCGCAGCGGCAGCUAUGAACUCGCCUUAAACGCUUUGAGAACGUACUUAUCCGAUCGUCGAGCUUCGUCGAUGCCGGAGCUUCGUCCGAAAGGGGUCAAGGUUCACCACGAAGAUUCGGGCAUUUCUCUUCCGCGAUGCCUGAAGAGCAAGUUGCGAGGCUCCAGAUAAAUCAUGGCUCGAGAUGAGAGCGAACACGGCGCGAACUGUCCGCGAAUCGUGUCGCCCAAGUCCCAAAAGCAGAGAGAUAUUUCCGUUGUUGGUUCUUCUAGGCCGUCGAGGCUCGAUCGACUAUUGUCGCAUUCUUCGAAUGGAGAACGAAGAGGCCGAAGAGAGGUCGAAGAGGCCGAAGGAGACGCGGCGAAAGUCGCCGGAAGAAUCGAUUUAUUAACCCCGCGAGGCAACCCGGCGUUUUACUUACCGAAGUUUAGCUAGGCGUCGUCCCCUGAAUAGGCGGAGAGAAGAAACUUAGCCGUAUUUUGUAUGCACGUUUAGCUGUAUUUUGUAAGAGAGGCUCAGACCAAGCAGCCGCACGAAACAACGACAUUGUUUGUAUCGUAGCUCGUAUUGUUAGCACCGCGCAUGAGCGAGAAAUGAUUUCGAUGCUUUGUUCGCGCGUUUUUCCGAUGAUGCCGGAUACCGAGCAUAUAUAGAACUUCCCCCGUCAUUUUACAUUCGGCGAGACACUUUUUGUACGUUCGAUUCACCGUUCAGGCUUGUGUUUCGUCCGAAUACUUUUGUCGUUUCGUACGCGCUGGGUCCGGCGAAACGACCGGCUCGAACCGUUCCGUGUUCGUUCAUAGAGAAAUGCAUCUUGUUAUAAAGCGUCCGGCGAAGGUUUCGCGCUCUGUGCGCGGAGAAUGCCGCGAGAUAUCGCGAAAUGGCGAACCGCGAGCGAUUUUGUAGAGCGCAGAAGCGUUCGGGGACUUUGUUGCGACGAUAACGUGCGCAAAGAUUACAUUUGUCGUCGUUUACUUGUUACUUAUCGCGGUCCGUGCAGCGGCAGAGCAACAGUUAGCAACAACGGCUUCGCCCGCGACACGCUGAAAAUUGAAAUAUAAAUAUAAUACUUUAGCGAACAGUUUCUCUGCGUUCCGGCACUGCGAGAUACAGUGAUGUCUCUCUAAUUUGUGCACAAUCAUAGCGUCAGUUAGGGAGACAUCGCUGUAUGCGGUGCUAUUCGGAGAGACAGUUCGAAAGCAGCAGAAAAUUCGUGCCGGAUUUUACGUUGCCUCUUACGCAAAAAUCGGCGCGAAUCAUUCGUUCGGAUAUAUUUUCGACAUUCUCGCGGAUGAAAUAGAAUAUCGUUUGUAACUUUUUGCAA